AGGCUUUGGAGACCAGAGGAGAGAGCUGAAAAGUACUCUCUCUCUCUCUCUCUCUCUGAAACUAUAUUUAGCAAAAGAAGAGACCCUCUACUUGCUUCAACAUCACUCCUCUAAAUUUAGCAGAAGUCUCUUUCUUUCUCUCUCUCUCUCUAGGCGACGAUUUCUGUGUCAUAUCUCAAUGUCGCCUAGACUUGAAAAGAGUAUCACUCUGAGUCUUCUGUAGCAGAACUGUUUCUAGAACUCAGGUUUUCCUGAGUGGGGUUUUGAGGGAUACCCAGUUGAUAAUUUGCCCGGAAAAUGGAGAAUUUCCCAGGGAAAAAGAGACCCACGAUCAACCUUUCCCUUUUCACUACUCUCUCAGAGUCGUUUUCCUUGGAUAAGUCUCCGAGUCCCUCGAAAUCUCCUAGGAAUUUCCAGGGAGACGUGGUUGGGCUUGGCAUAGUGGCUGCCAUGACCGAUUUGAGCCAAAAAAUCUCGGCUAAUUCAGCGGUGGUGUCGCCCAGAUCGACACCGAUCCCCAUCUUGUCGUCUGCGAAGGCAGCCGCGAAUUUCAGAGGUCCAGUGAGUGAUAAGGAGAGAGAUGAGGAGGUGGAUGAGAUGUCUGAGAGCUAUACUUGUGUGAUUUCGCAUCUGGGGAGCAAAGUGGUUGAGAAGCGCGUGUAUUUCGAUGAUAAGCUUAAUGGGAUUGUUGGUGAUUGUUGCGGUGCUGCUUGUGUGGUGAACGACAGUGGGGUCAUAGUGUUCUCUGCUUCCCCUGUGAAUGUUGGUGAGGCCAGGAUGGAGUUUUGGACUGCCGAUUUUCUUAGUUCUUGCUAUCUUUGCAAGAAGCAGCUUCAUGGGCUGGACAUUUUCAUGUACAGAGGGGAAAAAGCAUUUUGCAGCUCCGAGUGCCGUGACAAGCAUAUUAGAAGUGAUGAUUACAAAGAGAAGUGUGCGUCUGGAGCACUGAAGCCACCGCUUGAUUACUCCGUGUCGCCCUGCUCCGGUCCGCUGGUGUUCUUUGCCGGGGUUGCUGCAGCAUAGACAUUUUUAUGAUACUUUACGUAAAUAAAAAUGAAAGUUAAGGGCGUGGAAGGGUGUCCAAAUAAACUGUUAUCACCGGCUCAAUAAACAGUAGAUUAUAUUUGAGAGGGUUUGAGCAAGUUGUAUCGAUAUUUUAUACCCCCAUAUUGAACGGAAAUCCUGAGAUAUACUUUGAUUAGAGAAUAUGUAAAUUUGCAUUUUCAAUAUAUUAUAGUAUAUAAAUGAUUAAGUUUACUA